ACUAGUAUAUUGAUAUUAUUGUUAAUUAUGCUAGAUAUUAAUUUAAGAAAUAUUAAUUGUCAAUAUGGUUAUCCUAGUCAAAAUGAUAAACUAGCUACUAUGGAAGAGGAAAAUAAAAACUAUCAAGUGACUUACGAAAAAAAUGUUAAACAAUUUGGAGAUGAAGGUUGUGACCCUGAUCGAAAACAAUAUAAAUGUCCAAAUAGUCAAUGGUGUUGUCGUCAGGGUACAUACGAUGGCGAUCAUUACGCUGAUAAUUGUCCCGAUGGCCAACACUCAUGUAUAGAAAAAUGUUGCGAUAAACAAAUGCAUUACUAUUGUCGUAGAAAUAGUGAAUCUAGUGAUAAUAAAUUUUAUGAUUGUAAAUAUGAAGGACCAGAUACAACAACACAGUCCAAUAAAGUAAAUGAUGGUAAAGAAGGAAAUACAUAUCAAGAUGGAAAUGCAGGUCAAGAAGGAAAUGCAGGUCAAGAAGGAAAUGCAGGUCAAGAAGGAAAUACUGGUAAAGAAGGAAAUGCAGGUCAAGAAGGAAAUACAGGUCAAGAAGGAAAUGCAGGUCAAGAAGGAAAUGCAAGUCAAGAAGGAAAUGCAGGUCAAGUAGGAAAUGCAGGUCAAGAAGAAAAUGCAGGUCAAAAAGGAAAUGCAGGUCAAGAAGGAAAUGCAGGCCAACAAAGAGUUUGGGGUCUACAAGGAAUUUGGGGUCAAAAAGAUAUUUGGCGACAUGAAGAAAUUGGUGGUCAAGAAUUAAUUAUACGUCAAAAAGGAUUUGAAGGUGAAGAAGAAAAUGCAGGUCAAGAAGGAACUGUACGUCAAAAAAGAUUAGGAGAUCUAGAAGGAAAUGUAGGUCAAGCAGGAAAUACAGGUCAAGAAGGAAAUACAGGUCAAGAAGGAAAUGCAGGUCAAGAAGGAAAUGCAGGUCAAGAAGGAAAUACAGGUCAAGAAGGAAAUACAGGUCAAGAAGGAAAUGAUUAAUUAGAAUAAAUGAGUUUAUAAUAGAUAGCAAAAAUUAUU